AUAACACGACACGACCUCUGACCCCAAAACGUCAGGUUCCGACAGAGCACUGGCCGCUAGUGCAGUUUUGUUGACGUCUGCAUGUCGUAACGAAGAUUAAAGCACAACAGUUCAGAGCUAAGGUGAAGAUACAGCUACACCAAACAUGGCUCUGCUGGCAAGAGGAGUAUCCAGAAUCAUCGCUUCUGGGCAGGCAACUAAACUUGUGUCGACGACAAGCAUGAAGUCCCUGAGCUGUGGAAGAGGCUUGCCAUUUGCUGUGUCCCGGCUGGCCUGUUCUUCUGUGGGCUGUGCCGGGGGGACUGCGGUGCCCCAACCAUCGCACAGGUGGUUCUCGACACCAGCUGCAGAAAGUGCCAGGACUGCUUCUGUUAUUGAAAAGGUAAGGCUGGAUUCGAGUGGGGUGGUAGAAGUGGAAUGGUCCAAUGGAGGGGUGAGCAGCUUCCCCUAUGUGUGGCUGCGAGACAACUGUCAGUGUGAAGACUGCCACAGUGCUAUGACUGGUUUCCGCUGUGUGAUGAUCAAGGAUAUUGACCCAUUUAUUGCACCAGUCACGGCAGAGGUUGUGGAUGGCAAAAGCAUUCAGCUUGAGUGGCCGGAUGGACACAGGAGUGAGUUUGAGUGGCAGUGGCUACAGGACAGGAGCUUUACUCGGGAGGCACGGGAGCAGAGGAGGGAGGCCAAACGCAGAAAGCUGCAGCUGUGGGGUUCAGAACAGCUGAAGAAGCUGCAGCCUGUGGACUUUGAGGCGCUGAUGACAGAUGAGAUGGCCUUGUACGAGUUCUUCAACAUCGUGGACACCGUGGGCCUGGCCUUCACAAAUAAUGUUCCCUGCAAGGUCGGACAGCAACAGAGGCUGGCAGAAAGGAUCGCCUACCUGCGACCAACUCACUACGGUCUCCAUGAAAGUUCAGUUUACUCCAAACCAAACACCAGUAACCUGGCAUUUACUGGCCAGCGUCUCCACUGCCACACAGACAUGCCUCAGUACUCCUUACCUGCAGGGGUUUUACUGCUUCACUGUGUCCAAGAGGCUGAAGAAGGUGGAGAAAAUGAGCUAAUUGAUGGAUAUAAUGCAGCCUAUCAGUUGAAAGAAAAAGAUCCUGAAGCCUUUCACACUUUGACAACCACGCCAGUAUCGUUUGCCAUGCACGGCAAAGAUUACAUUCGAUAUGAUCUGGAAAAGACACGUCCUAUUAUCAGUUUGAAUGAGAAAGGAGAGGUUGCUCGUAUCUGCUAUGCCAACCAGCUGCGCUCUGCUCUGAUGGACGUGCCGGUGGAGCGGGUUCAGCCAUUCUACAGGGCCAUGAGGGCGUGGGACGACAUUCUGUACCACCCAGACAACUGUAUCCUCAUGAAACUCAAUGCUGGAGAGAUGGUGGUGUUUGAUAACUGGCGCCUGGUGCACGGCCGGCGGGGUUUCCAGGGCGGACGCCAUGUCCAGACGGCGUACAUGGACUGGGACGAGGUGCGCUCCUUCCUGGGCGUGGUCAGGAGAGAGCGGAACCUGGACAACUGACGGCUGCCUGAUGGCCACUCAUUCUAAUGUAGAGUGGAGGUUUCUUUUUACAGUCAUCUCCUCUCCUUAACAUGUGUGCGUGCUGUAAAUUUACUCUGUCCAUUUUGGCUUGAGAUGGUCAAAUGUGACUUCACAACUUUUAUCCAAAAUUAUCCAAAAAUCAUCAUUUCAGCAUAAACAGCAAAAACUCACACUUUUCAAUUAAAUAGAAGAUUGCAUGUGAUGCUAAAUGCACCCUUGGACAUGCAGGCAGUCCUAAUUCUUCACAAUUAUGUAAAACUGUGUAAGUACUUCUAAAGCAUGAGGAGGUUCAAAAUCCUAUUUUUAUGCUGAAAUACUGAUAAGACAUUUGACAAGUACAGCACAGGUUGGACUGUAGUUGUUCUGUGCCUACACAGUGACAGAAAGGAAAUGGCUUCAUGAUUACAACUAGUUAUAUCACUCUCUGGUAGUAAAAACAUGUAAAGGUACAUAGAUAUACAAUCAUGUAUAUGUACAUAUAUGUUGUAGGUAGUCAAGGACAACGGAGCUUGCAUCAAUGGCCAUUUACUUAAACUUAGAAUUAUUAAAUUUAGCACUUCAACAAAAUUGACAGAUUGAUUUCAACAUAAAGAUUUGAUCAAUGAACCCAGCAAUAAAUGGGCUUCCAAUAUGGGGAAAGCAUAGUCAUGUACAUGUAAUACUAGUACUGGUGUUACAAUGUAUGUAUACAUAGCAGUGCAACUAGCUAAUGGUUGCUUAUUUCUCUUUGUUGUGGUCAUUUAUGACCUGUUUGUGUCAAAUUGAAACUCUUAGGAUGAAUGAUGAAGAAAAAAAGCCCAUAUUGGGUUUUAAUAAAAUUAAGGCAUUUGCUUUCUUCUGAGUGUAUCUGCAUCAGCAUUUUUUAAAUAUCAGUCAUCUUGUGUGUUAUUAAAUAGCAGUAUGAUUUUCACACAAUUUAUAUUCACCCUGCCGAAACACUGCCAAGGAUACUGGUGAUUAUCAGAAAGAAGUUCUCUUUGUCCAUGAAAGUGUAAUUAAAGAGAAAGUGAUAAGGGGCAUGCUCUUAAAUGAAUGGUUGAAAUACUUAUGGGACAGCUAUAUGUUUGUAUCUUGUGCAAGUUGUGCUUCUGUGGCUAAUAUAUAGGGGGCACCGAUGCAACAGUUGCAUGCACAGAAUGAAAUGUUCAAUAAUCAUCAACUAGAAAUGUCACUAGUCAUUUUUGUGUGUUCAGUAAUUACCAACUCUUAAUUGAAAUGAUAUUUCUAUUUAACAUUAUAAAUAAGUUGCUUAAUUUCUUGCUAAGUAAUUUUCCCUUCCCUGUACAUUGUUUGGAACACUAGAACAAAGACAAAAGAAUCACAAUGUAUGAACUAUGAUAGCUAAAAAGUUAAUGUUUACAUUUGGAUAAACACACUCUAUAUAGCUGGACCUGGACCAGGUUUACAUAGCCCCAUGUAAAGCAUGUUGUAUGCAAACAAGCUUUAUGACAUUACUGUUAACACACCUUGAGCUGGCAAAAAAAAUCAACAUUACUGCUUGAAAUGUUUUUAAAGAAUUUCAAGCUAAUUGUCCUUACAUUGUGCCAAGUGUUAUGUAUAGGAACUACUGCUAGUCUGCACUUUUCUGUCCAUUUCCCUACAAACAAUAGAUGUGGUAAAGCUUCCAUACUUUUUUGUUUAUUUACUUUAA